AUGCAGGAUCAGUUAGUGAAGGCCAGCGUCCACAAGGAGAACCCUUACAUUAUCUGCAAGGUGAGACCAGUCAGCGGAGACCAGUGCUUCCUCCCUUGUGGUGGGAUUCAAGGGGCAAUAAAGAGGAGGGAGGAAGAAGAAGAGCACAAGGAUGACAACAUCAGAAAAAAGUCUGGUGCUUUUUCCUGUGCUAGGGGAUGGCAGAAUAACCGGGGCAACUGCUAUGCAUUUUUUGAAGAUUUGAAGACCUGGUAUGAGGCUGAAGCUGAGUGCAAGCGUUAUAGCCAUGGUGCCCAUCUUGCCUCCAUUCUCACUAAAGCGGAGAGUGAUUUCAUGUCUGAAUACACCUCCAAUUACCGGAGAAAUGGGAAUAAUAUCUGGAUUGGGCUCCAUACUUUCCAUCAGGAUAGGAAAUGGAGGUGGGCUGAUGGAGCAGCCUACACCUAUAACACUUGGAUGCCACGCGAACCAAACAACCAAGGGGGGAAUGAGGAUUGUGUGGAGCUGUGGCGUUCUAGUGAUUUUAGUAAGUGGAAUGAUGCUCCAUGUACGAAAAGGAAUGCCUACAUUUGCAUGUAUGAGCUCUAGAUUAACCCAAGUUGUGCCUGCUGGGACGUGACUGGUCUUGACAGUGAGAAAUUGGCUGGCUUUUUGGAUGUCCAUCUACUGCCAUUAUAUCUCCAUCCCACAAAGCAAGAAACUCGCUCUCAUCCAUACUUUCCCAAAUGCCCUCCCUGAAGUGCUGCUUUUUGGGUCCCCCUCUUCUCCUCCUAACCCCUUUUCAUGGCUGCAGCAUAUUGCAAUCUUAAUAAAAUGUCUGUUA